AAAAAAGUGACUAGAAUUUGUACGUAGGCUAUGACCUAGAUUAUGAACUCAUGACACUAAAUCCGAAUUCGGGUCGAACUUUUCCAUGUCUGGACUUCAAGAAAGGGGUACCGAGGUCAUUGUAUUGGAAACGGAUCUUCGCUCUGAAACCCCUCUCUCGACGAGUCGCGACGCGCCGGCGGUCGUUGCUGAAGUCCCACCUCUCGAAUAAAACACAUACACCGGAAAAGAAGCAAGUGUCCUGGCAGUUAAGUUCAUUUGUAUGCCUACAGAGUCGCCGGAGAUCAGAAUGGCGAAGCGCGAGCUAUCCAGUACAUUAAAAAACCUGAAGUUUAUGCAAAGAGCAUCAAACAACAGAGAGGGAAAAGCUAAGCAAGCUGAAGACUACAUGCCUGGUGGUAACUUACCAUCUUCAAGUGCGCCCAAAAGAUGUGUCGUUAUUAUGGAAGGAGAUCCUCAUCCUGGGGCAAGAAAGGGCCGGAUGUCAUUCCAAAAUUUUAACCCUGCUAUUGAUAAAUUAAAUGAAGGUCUAAAGCCUAGCAAAUCAGAAGCAUCUGAAACAACUUCUGGAACAAGUGAAAUAAUUUCUAAUAGAGAAAAUGGUUUGAGUCAAGAUGGUCCUGAGAACUCAUCAAAUCUGAACAACUCAAGCACAGGUGCAACAGGGGAUCACAAGAGGAAGCAAGGAGAAACAUUUUCUGAUGGCCAUUUGCCCAACAAAACAUAUAAAAAUGUGCAUGGCUAUGAAGGUCCAUCUUCGAGUGGCAACAAGAAGUCCCAGAAGCAACCAAAGUGUGAAAAGUUGGAUUGGAGUGUUCUUAGGCCACCGAAGUAUCAAAAUAAAAAAUGUAGGUAAAGUUUAAUUCUUUUUUUUUCUUCAGAUGUUUUCCCAUGGCAUGCUUCUUUAUGAAUCAAUCAUCACUGCUAUGUGUUGUAGUGCUAUAAGGUUUGUUGUACUGUUGACAGUCCUCUUUUUAUUUUUUAUUCUCUGUCUGCAACUCUUUCUAACCAUCAUCACUUAUGGUGGUACGACGGAUGAAUCACUUUACAUCAAGGAUCAUACUUAUAAUAUUAUUUCUCCAUGUUUAUGAAUUAUGUUUUACUAUAGUAGCUUGUGAUCUAUUAUUAUUGUGGUCAUAAACCCUUCGACCUAUCCUUAACCUGGAUGAGUUGAGCUAAU